AUGACUGGGUUCACCGAGUUUGAUCCUGAGCUGGGGGAUAUCCAACGUCAUCGGUCGCUUGUUCGUCAUGAUCGACAGCGGCUAGACGAGUCUUACCCAUAUUAUCAUUACGCCCAGGUGGCUAAUCAAGAGCUGGGUCACAUCAGAGUUCAGCCACUGCUGACUGGGGUCAAUCCUCAACUUGAAGACAUGGAACCGCUUCGGCUGCCCGAUAAUCGCAUGCUGGAGAUCGACGAAGAAAGUGAUGGGGCGCCGCUCAUGGACAUGCACCCAGCUACUGAUGAUCUCAAGGGUGGGCGCGAAGUCUACGGGCUUAACGAUGAAAUGGAAAAUAACAACGAAAAGAUCGGACACCAACCAUUCAAAGCAAACCACGUGCAUUUACCACCGACACGUAAACAGCAACAGGUUAAACAAGCGGCGGUGAAAGAGGCCAAGCACGACAUUUACUUCUGGAAGGUAUACUGUUACGUGAUCACUUUCUGGGCUCCAGCCCCUUUGCUCAACUUAUUUGGUAUUAGGGGUAAAGAUCGUCAGUUUGCUUGGCGUGAAAAGAUGGGGUUGAUUUCUUGCAUUUUAUACAUUGGUGCAUUUGUCGCCUACUUGACUUUUGGGUUCACUCAAACUGUGUGCUACAAUAACAAGGUGAAGAUCCGUAAUAAUGAGGUGGCUCCUGAGUAUCUUAUUAUCAACGGACGUGCCUAUGACUUGCUGCGUUCGACCCACCCUGCUGCAGCCGGUGUUCCUGAUAGCCUGAAUGUAUUAUACCCCCCCGUCAACGCUGGCGGUAUGGAUGCUCUGUUCUUGUUUCAAAACGUUAAUGGCAAUUGUAAGGGGUUGAUCACACCCAGAGACAACACCACAAUCCCUCAUGAUGGUGAUGAUUUGGCUUGGUAUAUGCCUUGUCGUUUGUUCAAUCAAGAUGGUCUGCUGGAAGUUAACAGUUCUUUCGUGUACUACGAUGGCUGGGCGUGUCACACUCUGGACGAGGCUCGGCAAACUUACUACGGGUUAACACAGCCAAAUGAUGUCUAUUUCACCUGGGAUGAUAUUAAAAACUCCCUGCGUAACCUCAUUGUGUACCUGGGUAACGUUUUGGAUUUGGAUUUGAUCAACUGGAUUUUGCGUGACGAAGUCCAUUACCCUAAGUUUUUCGAUGAGCUUCGUGACGACCCAACCUACCGCGGCAUUGAUGUCCUGGUAGUACUCAAUAACGCUGAACAGCGUAAGAUGGGUCGCUGUCUCACCGAAAUUGUCAAAGUGGGUACGAUUGAUUCUGACACUAUCGGGUGCAUUGCCUCGCAAGUGGUUUUGAUUGUGUCGCUUGUGUUUAUCUUAUCGGUAGUGGUUGUUAAAUUCUUGUUUGCUUGUUACUACCGGUGGUGGUUGCUGCGGAAGCAGGGUGCCACUGAGAUCGACAACAAGCUGAUGGCUAAGCGCAACAUUGAGAUCGACAAGUGGGUGGAUGAAGAUGCCAAUCCCGCAGUUUUGGCCAAGACCGUCCCUCCAAAGGCUCGAGCCAAUUACCUGGAAAAGACCACUAACCGUCAAUCCGUAUUCAAGAGAUUCAACGAUCCUACAAGAUUGUCUCGCAGUGAAUUAUCGCAAUACUUUGACUCUCCCGAGGCAAUGCUGAAGCACUUCAAGUAUACCACAAUGGCCACUCAAAAGGCACUUCUUGGACGUCGCCAGAAGCGUUCGGGUGCAAACCGCCUGGCGCGCAACUCAACGCUCUAUCUCAAUGACCACUUCGAUUCUCUGACUGAUUUGUUGACUCAAGGUCAAAAUCCGUCAAGACCGGGCUCCACAUAUUUUGGCGCUGGCUUUGAUAUGAGCGAUGAGUAUGUAACCGGCCUUCCUGCUGACCUUAUCUCACCAAUGGUUGUCCCUCAACCACCCGUGGAAUAUCAACCAUUUGGGUACCCCUUGGCACACACGAUUAAUUUGGUUACUUGCUACUCCGAAGAUGAAGCUGGUUUGCGUACCACUUUAGACUCCAUUGCUACCACAGACUACCCUAAUUCUCACAAGUUAAUCCUUGUCGUUUGUGACGGGAUUAUCAAGGGUCUGGGUAAUGAUCAAACAACCCCUGAGAUUGCGCUUGGUAUGAUGGAUAACUUUGUUGUUGAACCGGAAGAUGUCCAACCCUACUCGUAUGUUGCUGUGGCCCUGGGUGCGAAACGUCACAACAUGGCUAAGAUCUAUGGGGGUUUCUACAAAUACGACGAUGCUACUGUGCCGCCCGAAAAGCAACAACGUGUGCCAAUCGUCACCGUUGUGAAGUGUGGUACCCCUGCUGAAGCCACCACUCCUAAGCCGGGUAACCGUGGUAAGCGUGAUUCGCAAAUCAUUCUCAUGAACUUCCUCCAAAAGGUUAUGUUCGACGAACGGAUGACCGAAAUGGAAUACAGCCUUUUGUUGACCAUCUGGCAAUUGACUGGCUUAAUGGCAGAAAUGUAUGAGAUUACUCUUAUGGUGGAUGCUGAUACUAAAGUUUACCCUGAUUCGCUUACCCACAUGUGUGCUGAGAUGAUUAAAGAUCCGGAAAUUAUGGGCCUUUGUGGGGAAACCAAAAUUUCCAAUAAAAACGCGCUGUGGGUAACGUUGAUUCAGGUCUUCGAGUACUAUAUUUCGCAUCAUCAAGCCAAGGCGUUCGAAUCAGUGUUCGGUGGUGUGACUUGUUUACCUGGGUGUUUCUGCAUGUAUCGUAUCAAGGCUCCUAAGGGUCAUGAUGGCUACUGGGUUCCUAUUCUUGCCAAUCCCGAUAUUGUCGAGCGUUAUUCUGAUAACGUCCUCAACACUUUACACAGAAAGAACUUGUUGUUACUCGGUGAGGAUCGGUACUUACUGUCGCUUAUGCUUAGAACCUUCCCUAAGCGUAAACAAGUGUUUGUCCUGAAAGCUGCAUGUAAGACCAUUGUCCCUGACGAAUUCAAAGUUUUGUUGUCUCAACGCAGAAGAUGGAUCAACUCCACUGUACACAACUUGAUGGAGUUAGUGUUGGUGAACGAUUUGUGUGGUACAUUCUGUUUCUCAAUGCAAUUCGUUGUCUUCAUUGAAUUGGUGGGUACUCUUGUGUUGCCUGCGGCCAUCUGUUUCACUAUUUAUGUGAUCAUCAUUGCCAUUGUAUCGAAGCCCACACCAAUUUUGUCGCUCGUCUUGUUGGGGGUAAUCUUCGGGUUACCAGGGCUUUUGAUCGUCAUCACUGUUUCGUCGCUCAAGUACAUCAUCUACUUCUUCAUUUACCUUUUUGCUCUUCCCAUUUGGAAUUUUGUGUUACCUGCUUAUGCGUAUUGGAAGUUUGAUGACUUCUCUUGGGGUGAAACAAGAGUUGUGCAAGGUGGCGAUAAAGGUGACCAUUCGAAUGCCGAUGGCCAAUUCGACGGUAAUGAUAUCGUCAUGAAGCGGUGGAGAGAAUUUGAACGGAUGAGACGGCACAGUGAACAACAGCAACGUGGUGAACUGGGGUUGUUGCAAGUGCCGAUGGCAGCGUGGGACCCCAGCACCAACACUGAGUCGCUGGGUUAG